AUGCCAACGGACACUGUCUCGUCAACAUCACAGAACUUUUACGGCUAUCAAACAAAUAGUAGUCAGGGACAGCAAACAGUUUACGAAACAUCAGUUCAGUCUCAAUCGCAAAGUAAUACAUUUCAAGACACUAAUUUAAGUGCACCAAAGAGUAGCAUGAGCACAACAGGUGCCGGACUCUACCACAAUCAUCAUCAUAGUCAAAAUAAUUUGAAUCAAACAAUGACUAAUGGAAAUUAUAUGCAGAGUAGUGCGAGUGGAAUUUUAAGUGAACAUGGAAAUGUUUCAAUGGAUCCAUUUUAUGAGUACUCCGAUCCAUUACAAUCGACGAAAAUCAUCACAAACUUUGAGACAAAGAAUCCUUUAAAAUAUCCUUCAAGCAAUAGACCAUCAGCUUCUUAUUAUAAAAAUGAUUCGGAUUAUCACCAUCCACCGCAGCAAGUCACUCAUUUUACGCCGCAUAAUUAUUCUGGGAUUUAUCAAAACACUCAACACCCAAUUCCUAAGAUUUCACCAGCGCAUAACUACGAACCUUAUCCUCGAAGUUCUCGAAAUUCUGUUCCACAUUAUCCUUCUCAACAUUAUCCGGCACCAGCAAUGGAUGACCAUAAUGCAAGUAGAUUAAAUUAUAAUCGAGCUCCAGUUUCUGCUUACCAUCAACACUCAAUUCCUCAACCACCGAAAUCUUAUACAAAUUUUUAUAGCAACGGUUACCCAGCAAUGCCUUAUUCAGCUUAUCCUCAAAUGUCGCCUGGUCCGCCUUAUAUGAAUCCUUUGAUUCGUAAUGAAAAUUGUUCAAAACCAACGCCAAACUACUCGAAAACCGGCGCAGUAGCUUUAUCACCUGUUGAACAUGGCAGUUUCUCAUUGCCUCAUACUUCAAAUUUUGUGACUUCAAAAAAAGAUUUUUAUGCUGAAAAUUCUUAUUAUCCGACACCGCAUGGCUAUUAUGACGAAUCAUCAGUAAGUACAAUGAAUUCAAGUUGCUCAAAAAAGCCGAGUAGUCGACAGAAAGUGAAUGCUGAUGUUUAUAAUCCCAAUGGUUCUGCGACACUUUAUCCUGAGCAUCAUGCAUUACCACAUCAUCCACAAAAUGGAAAUAUCAUUCGACAUGGGAACGUUAAUUAUCAACCAAUACCAAAACAUUACAGUGCAAACAACACAUAUGCAAUGCCAUCAAACUCAUACGAUGCUUAUCACAAUAUAAAUUAUCACUACAAGAAUGGAGAUCUUCCUAAAAUGCAAACAAAGAUGAAUCCGGCUUUAAGUUCAAAACAAUUUAAGAAUUAUGGUCAUUUUGAGCCUUUUCCUCAUCCACACGUACCUUAUGGCCAUCCACAAUAUCAAACGAUGCAUGCAAAACGUCCCGAGAAACUUAAAAUUUCACUUGAUUUAGAAGAACAAAUCAACAGCUCAAAAAUUCCUAAGAUACGUGACGUUCCACAUCCAUCGUAUUUUGAUCCACAUGAUCCGCAUCAUUAUUAUCAAUAUCAUCAUCACAUACCACCGCGUAACACAAUUAACGAGAACGAUCCGAAAAAUUCUAUUGCAAACAUCAAUAUUAGUUUGCGAGAUUUUCUCUCGACAUGGAAUGAAAUUGACGACGAUGAAGAGUCGGGGGAGAAACGAAUGACAACGCAUGGUCAUGUUGAUGAUCUUAGUGAACAUGUAGAGAGAACAAUUAUGCGUGAAUAUAAUCCAAUGUUUGUACAAAAGGCAUCAGAUAGUCUGGUGAACGCAGAUGUGCCUGCAAUAACUACACAAAAAAUGACCGAGCUUGAAAGUGGAAUGAUUAGUGAAGGUACUGAAAAGCUUUAUGUUCUUGAGUCAAUCGACGUUCCAUUAUCGGAACUAAACAAGUACAAACACUUAAGUGUUAUCAACAAAUUACCGGAAAAUGUUGUGAUUAGCGAUAAAGAACUUUAUGCUGAUGUCGACAAUUCAAUGAAGUUCAUCGAGGAAAUUGAUUUAACUCGCGGAGAAAAGCUUUAUAAAAGUGAAUUUGAGUUGGAAUUUGAGGCGUGUCAAGAAAGAAAGAUCAGUAAACCAGUUGAUAAGUCGGAAGUCGUUAAAACAGGAAACAAUUUGCAGUCGGAGGUUGAUGAGAAAAAAAAUGAAGUUGCUGAAGAAGUUGAAGUAGUUGAAAAAGGUAAACAUGAAACUGCAAUAGCUUCGCCCACAAAGAAGCGAGUAAUGAAAGUUAAAUCACCUAAGAUGAAAGACAUAGAAAAAAGAUUACCAAAAAUUAAGCAAAGAAUUUUAAAAAUAAAAAAGGAAAAAAUAUUCAGAUCCACAAUUCCACAAAUCCAAAAAAAUCCACAAAAAGUUCGAAUAACAAAAAGAGUCAAAAAGUAUUCGUUGAAUCAACGCAACAAUUCAGUGAAGACUUUACAAUCGACUUGUGUUGACUUUUUAAACACAAGCAGUUAUCGAAACUAUGCAAGAGAGCAAUUGAAGAUUAUGAACAAACAUUCAAAAAUGAGAAUCUUGAAAGAUUUCAAAAAAAAAUUCAACUUUGAAAGCACCAAGAAGCAAAGUCCAUUGAUUAAUCAAAAAUUUAAUCAUUCAGUGCGUAUUAAUUCGUUAAAGGAGAUUUGUGGAGAAUAUUUUAAGGAUAAGUCAAAAAAUUUAGAACUUGAUUCAGAUGAUGAAAAUGAAGAUUUAAAAAGUGAUUUCAAUGCUGUGUCAAAUUAUGAAUUUCCCACAUUAAAGAACAUGUGCAAAAGUCUUUUGAAGGAAAUGGACAUAAACAUUGUUGAAAACGACGAAUAUGUUUACACUCUAUCGAGUUUGAAAGAGCUUUGUGAGGCGGUUAUUUAUAACAAUCGUCAAUAUUUUGUCAUCGAAGAAGUCUCACAUGUUCCGAAGCUUCAAGAUUUGUGUAAAAGUGUCUUAAGUGAAACGAACAUCUUCAUAAACAUUGACGAAGAAAACAGUGGAAUUUUCACAAUAAACAACGAUUCCGAAGUCGUACAAAAUGAUUCAAUCAUUGACGUCGCUGACGAUGAACCGAUUUUUAUCGUCGAAGAAAAUUCUGGAAACGUCGGCGAACUUUUCGACUCAGAAAAUCUCAAUUCGUUCGAGAAAUCAGAAAUUUUACGAAAAAUUCAGCAUGUUGCAAAUAUUGACGAUGAUGAUGAAAUCAUUCGAGCGAUUGGUGCACUUCAUCACGAUAACGAUGUCGAAUCAAUUAUUAACAAUAAUAAUUGCAACGUGUCCAAUAGGAAUAUUGGGUGUGCUAACGAGGUUUUCUUUGGAACGAAUGAAUUAAGCACAGAAAACCAGAAUGGCCCUGAAAUGUCCUUCAUUUCUUACAUGGAAGAUGAUUUGAUCCAUUCCGUGCAGCAUGAGGAAAUCGUAUCAAGGUCGGGAAGCUCAAAAAACGACAUGCAUAAACACAAAACCGUCGAGAUUCUUCGUCAUAAGUAUUUAAAUCGUUCUGAUAGGAGACAAGCUUCAAAGACUAUCAAUGGAAUAUUAAAGAAAUCUUUAAACUUUCAGCGCCUUUUUCGAUUUCGCAACGCAAAAUGUCGACAAAUUAUUUCUUUGAAGACGCAGACGAUUGGUGGAAUAGUUAAUUAUAAGAAAGAAUUUAUUGUCAAUGAAAUUCUCAGUGGCGAGAAGAAAAUACAUUCGAUACCAACAAGUUAUCAGCGUGCUUUUGAAUCUCAUAACAAUGCCAAAGAUGAAACUGCUCAAUCGCAACAAAAAUCAGUUGACCGUGAACUAACGACAAUAAUCAAUGACUCGCUGCCAUCUGAUGAUAGCCUCGGCCAUCAUGCGGAACGUAAACUACCUAAAUUGCCUGUCGUCUUUCCGUCAAUUAACGAGUAUAAAAUAGACAGGAAGAGCAGUAACCGGUGCGAUGUCAAGGACAUUUUUGACCAAAAGAAGAAUAAACUAAAUUUUGAAGAAAGCUUGUUGAGUAUCGACAAGAUUUAUGGAAAAUCAAAUGGAGAGAAUAAAAAAGAUUGUUCGCAAAGACAUUACGAGCGACAUCAUAAGAAGAGUCGAAGUCGAAGCCGAAGUAGAAGAAAUCAUCGAUCAUCACGAUAUAAAAGUAAGUCACAUAGAAAUGACCGUGAAAAGCAUCACAAUAGUUCAUCAUCUUAUCACAAAUCAAGUGAAUCUAAAAGAUCAACACGUUCAAAAAGUCGCGAUCGUGAUUAUGGCUCUCGACAUAGCCACCAUAGUUCUAGUCGAUAUAAAAAUUACAAAAUAGACCAAAUUAAACAUUCCGAAGCUAAACGAUUAGUGAUACCAAGUUAUAAACUUUACGAUAAAGACUUAGAUGUUAAGCUGAAAAUCAUGCCUUUUGUCAGAAUUGAACGAGAAGAGAGAGUCGAUAAAUUGAUGAAUAAUUACAAUUAA